AUGGUAGGAAUGAAGAUAGAUCAGAAUGAUCCAUUGUUCAUUGGAAAUUCUGAUAAUUCUAGUGCUGUGUUGAUUCCAAUCAAGCUGGUUGGUUCUGAAAAUUAUGGAGUUUGGAGUAGAGCAAUGAGGAUUGCACUAUUAGGGAAGAGGAAGUAUGGUUUUGUAACUGGUGCCUGCACUAGAGGCCUAUACAAAGAUGAACUGCAUGAGCAAUGGGAAACUUGCAAUGCAAUUGUGCUGUCUUGGCUGAUGAACACAGUCACUGAAGAGCUACUUAGUGGUAUUGUAUAUGCCACAAAUUCUUUCUCAGUAUGGAAUGAUCUAAAGGAAAGAUUCGACAAGGUGAAUAGAGUAAGGAUCUAUCAAUUACAUAGAGAUAUCACCACUCUCUCACAAGGUACAGAUUUUGUAUCUCAUUACUUCUCAAAGUUAAAAACACUAUGGAAUGAGUAUGAUGCUAUAGUUCCAAAUCCAUGUAGUACUUGUUCUCAAUCUAAGGAGUAUAAUGAUCAUUUGGAGCAGAUGAGAUUGAUUCAAUUCCUAAGUGGCCUAAAUGAAUCAUAUGAUCAGGCUAGGAGACAGAUAUUACUUAAAGAAAAUACACCAUCUAUGAAUCAAGCUUAUGCUAUGAUUAUAGAAGAUGAGAUUCAACACUCAAGUUGUAUGGAUAAUGCAGUUGAAAAACCAAGUUCUAUGGUGAUGAGUGUUAACAUGAAUCAAGGAGCUAAAAAGGAACAUUACGAAGGGAAAAAAUGUGAUUACUGCCAUUUCCUUGGUCACACAAAGGAUAAUUGCUACAAGUUGAUUGGUUAUCCAAGUGACUGGAAACAAAGGAAGAAACCAGGUUAUGGAAAUGGGAAUGGAAACAUGAGAAAUGGUAUAGGCACAAGUCAAUUCAAUGGAUAUAGUGGACAAAGUUCAGGAAAUAAUGGUGGAUAUGGAAGAGGAUAUCAAGCUGCAAAUCACAUAUCUAAUGAUCACUGUGAUCAUCCUAAUGUUGUAUCAAAGAAUCAGGUGGAAAAUAAUAACCUGCAGUAG